UUUGCUGAUUCAGCCCGUGACGAACAGAGAAAUAGAGCUUUUCUGCUAGUCAUGCCUUGCUAUGUUUCCUCUGUGACAAGUCUAUCAAGUAGAUUCUGCAGAAAGGCGUGGUCUUGUUGUAAGUUACUGAACUUUUCUGUGUCGUGUUCUGUUGAAACAAUAGAAUUUCCAGACGAAAGAACUAGCCAUGACAAUAACGGUGAAAUCCCAGUUCAAAACCCAUGUUUGUAUUAUGUUAUGUUGCAGCGUGGUAUGCAGAAUUAUGCAGCUUCUAGUUUUUACAAAGAAGCUUUGCACACCUUAAAUCUCAUGACACAUAUAACCGGGAAGCCAACUGUGUAUGAUUAUAAUUCUUUUAUGUACCAUUAUCUGAAGUCAAGAAAAGCGUCAAUGCAAAAUUUAGUUGAAGUUUAUGAUCUGAUGAGAGGAUUUGGGCCUCCUCCAAAUGCCUUCACUUAUAAUACUCUCUUGAAUGGAUUACUCUCUUUAUUCUCUUUAGGGGCAUUGCAGUAUGCAUUUUAUUUCACAGAGGAGAUGUAUAGAAAUGGAUUUGUACCAUCUUUCAGUCUUUUGUCAAGAUUAUUGAAAAACUCUGUCAAGUUGGGGGAUUUAAUGGGUUAUGCACAAAAUAUAUAUAAUAUUUUAAUAUUGCCAUGCUACACAGGAAGGGAAUAG